AUGACAUCGUUCACUAACACACGCCUCCUGCGCGGCGGCAUCAGGCGAACUCUACUUGUGAUUCUUGUGACUCUCGUGGAGAUGUUCGGAGCCCAACCAAAUGAAGGAACCACGUUUCUGGACGGCGUUAAAGCAGUUUGUUUGGACGACAAAGUCUCUCCCACACCCGGCUCCUGCAUCGUACUUUCCUUCGGCAUGGGCAACGAGUGGAGCUUUGAGGAGGCCAUGGCGGAAUACGGCUGCAAGGUGUACGCGUUUGACCCCACCAUUAGGCAGCCGGACAGCCUCAGUGGUCACGGCAUCCACUUCCGUCCAUUGGGCUUGGGAGGCGUAACUGGAGUUGCGUCGUUCCAUGGAACUGAAAUACAGGUAUGCACAUAUCGGGAUAUUUUGAAGUUGAUCGACUUAGAGAAGAGCGUCAUUGACUACCUCAGGAUCGACAUCGAGGGCUUCGAGGUGGAUUUUUUUCACAACGUCCUUAACGACGAUGUCGAACUCCUGGCCAACAUCAAGCAGAUCGGCAUGGAGAUCCACCCACUGGCGUCAGAGACCCUGAGAGACCUUAUGUGGAGCCAAAUUCGUCAGCUACGCAGCCUGCAUUUCUCACAGGUGUCCAGUUUGCCAAGCAUGGGCUGGACUUAUACCUUUGAGAACAAAACUGUUUCUCAAUUCUAUGAAAUGCUUUGGGUUAAUGAAAAGUUUCGAUAGUAGUUUUGGUCUCCUUUGAGUGUAAAUAUCUUCGGUGGCAAAGUGUUACAAGUUCGAACUUUCAAAAUGGGUUUCCUUGCGGCUUUUCAACUUUUUGUGUAUAAAUUAACUUUUUGGUACGCUUUUUACGGGCUGACAAGUCUCGUCGGUCUUGGCAGGUAGCUCAUUUAGGGGAGCAAAAUUCCGAUUCCAAACCUCCACUUUAGUGCAGCAUACCCUCUUAUGCGAAACGCUGAGGGAGUAAACCAUGAAAGACAAUCGGGAGCAGAGCAUUUAAGGCGGUUUGACCUGAAGCCUCAACACCGAUAACUUCUGCGGCGGUGUUAAAACCAAGCGGUAUUGAUUUCGUCUUUCUUUUGGCCACUUUGGCAGUGAAGAGUGGAGGCCACUGCCGAAUGAGCAACAUUCAAGGAGCAGCGUCAUUGCCUCCUAAUGCCGCGGUGGACGUCUGCCGACGAAGAAUUUUAUGCUUACAAUUAGUUUAUUCAGCAAACAUGAUUGCAUAGCAAUUUUUACAUGUAGAA